UUAACCUUUCAAGGGGCCCUUUUCCUUUCACCCUUUACCUAAAACCUUGUGGCCGUGAGUUCUGCAGGCUAGCACGGUGCAGAGAAAGCCCCUUUCUUUCGUCUGGUCCCGAAUCUCCUCCGGAUCGGUUCUCUUGUAGGUGACCUCCCCAUAUCUCCUGUCUCUGCCCCCAAACUUUAAAAGAAAAAAACCAAUUUUGCUCGCAGGGUGCGCUAAGCCAGAGACCCUUGACUUCCAGGCCAUUGAUCCCAGAUUUGUGGCUUUCUCUGAAGCUGGCAGGAGCGGAAGCACCCAGGAAGGGCAUUGAGCCACGAAACCGUUUUUGAAACUUGACGUUUAUUUUGCCCUCCGCUCGUUCCUAGAAUUCCUCUGGGGAGGAGGGGAGUUUUGAGGUUCUUAUCAGGCUGGUGCAGCCUGUGCACUCCCAGUGUGCCUGCGCCUCGUUCGAAACCAGGCAUUUGGGUGCCCCCUAACAGGCCUCUCUGUGGGGUGAGACGAGGGGAAAGACAGAGAGAGAGAAAAGGCCCCGUGUGGUUUCUGCCUGUUGCAGAAAACGCUCUUUGCUCCGGGUUCAGGAACAGAAGAACGUACUUUGCUCAGCCUGCGACAGGAGGAAUGGAUUUCAGUUUCGGCAGGGACCGCAAAGCCCUGUUCCUGAUGUGAAGGCUGCGCAACACCACUGGAACACCCAACCCAGCAUCUGGAGAACAUCUUCUCACCUCCUAAGGGGAAGUCUUUGAGGUACCUGCUUUCGAAAACGGAAAUGUAUAUCCGUAGGCUUGUCUUCACCUCGUCUCCGAGCACAGACCCUGAAGACGAAAAACCGAGCAGCCCCCGGUCCAGUUCGCGAGUGGAGCUGAAGUUUGAAGAGGCGACGGGCGACGAGUAUUUUGACUUGGGCCACCACCGCGAGGAGAGGGCUGGGAAUGGGUGGGGAACGGCCGAGCCCCCCGAAAACGGGUCAAAGUCCAUCAAUGGGGGGAAGGACCUUUGGACUUCACCGCCGGACAGAGAGUCCAAGCUGGAGGUGGUCAAAUCCGGCUCGCUCUAUGACAUCCGGGCCUACAAAGGCGAGAUGAAGCCUUCGAGGCUUUACGACGGAGACGAAGAGGAGCUGAGGUACAGGAUCCGUCCCGAGGAGGCCUCGCCGGAGAAAGCCGAGGAGCUGGAGGAGGAACGGCGGGAGAUCAUCCGCAGCCAAGUGGUUAGGAAGAGCACCACCAUGGCCGAGAAGUGGAGCUCCACGGAGGAGCUGGAGGCCAUCAUCGCUUCCUCCGCCAGCCCAGGGACGAGGAGCUAUUCCACCGGCUUCGCGGUCUGUUUCGACAACCCCUCUUCCCGCUGGGAGAGCAGCCCCGUCGACCCUCAAAACAUAGACACUGAGAAGAUCAAUUUUGCCAUGGCUCGGCAACAGUUCUUGGAAUUGGAGAAGGUCAACCCCAAGAUGCUUCUGGGGCCGAGGAAACCGGUGCCCAGCUCGCGGACAACGCAAAACGUUCAGGGGAUGGAAGGGGAGAAGAUUCCUGAUGUCUACAGCCAGAGAAGAAUUGGUUGGUCUACUGAGCGGGCAGAUAGUCACGUUCUCCAAAGAACACAGCCCACAUCUCCCAAGCAAGCCCCUAUUUGUCAAAACUCAACUGGAGGCGGCUGGGAUUACGGUCUGGCAGAAAUGCCCCAAAACUCAAGCGUCGUGGCGUCCGAUGGAAGAAGGGUCUACAUAAAAGAGGAGGCGGGAGGACCUCUGGAUUGGGAGACCAGUGGCCAAGGCCUUGCCGAAGGAGAUCUGGGGUCCUCGGACGAGACACCCAUCGAGCGGGAAAUCCGUCUGUCGAUGGAAAGGGAGGACGCCCACCGGAAAGAGAGAGGGAUCCAGCGGGUCAACAGCCGGGACGAGCUGGUGGAAAUCCAAACCAAGCCUCUGUUGCUGUCGGACGACACGCCGCCGGUUUCCUCCCGGAAAGGAAAAGAGAGACAUACCGUUUCCUUCUUCGUGCAGAGGGAGAUUGAGCAGGAAACCAGGCGCGAGGAGGACCUGCAGAAGGAAGGCAGGCUGCUGUCUGGGACGUACGACAAGGGGGUCUGCCAGGAGUUAUCGGAACGCCGGAAAGUGUUCGAAAAGGACGAGGCGGCCCCCAUGACGGCAAGGAUGCCGGGGGAGUCAGAGGAGGCCCAGAACGGCGACCCCGGGAGAAGGACGGCCGGCCAGGACGUGAAGUCGACCUCAGAGGCCUACCAGCCUUCUUUGGCCAGCGGAAGAAAGCAAAAGGGUGAUGUGCACCCUUUUGACCGGAACGACACAGGCCAGCGGGUGGAUCCCUCCGGCUCUCAGGUACCGGAAGACUCAGGAGAGGAGCCUGCGGUUUUGCGGGAAGGACAUUUCGCCGUCCCGGUGAGGAAACUCAAGUUCUCGUCUGCCGGCGACCGGGAACCCCCGACCUCCCGGGGGAAAGAGGGCAGGCUGGAGGGGUCCGCUCCCCGGGAGGAGCUGUACACCGUGAAGACGCGGAGACCCCGGAUGUCGGCCCUGAUUGACCAGGAGAUCCAGGACGCUUUGCAGAGGGAAGUGGAGCUUCAGGAGCAGCGCAGGAGAACUGGGACGGCGGUGGCACCCUCUCGGACGUCGUCGCAGAGCUCAGCUGCUUCAGGAAUUGCUGACAGCUACUGCGUAUCGGCCGCGGCUGCUCCCGAUUCCCCCACGAGCUCGUUCCCCUCACCGUUGCCGCGGCAAGCCUACGCGGGGAAACCAUCCUUGGAACCGGACUGGAGAGCGCAGCGUCCAUCGGCGGAAGAGGAGAAGACGAAGAGGCACAGGGAGGGAGGAACGUACGCUGGCAUUGAUCUCCACGACGAAAUCGACUCCGAGGUUGUGAAAUCCACCAAAGUCGUCUGCCAGAGGGGACUCCUGGCUCAGCUUUGGGAGACGGGUCAGAUCCGCGGGGCCGGUGACGACAGCGACUGAAACUUGGAGAGGAACUAGAAUUCCCAAAGCCGGCAUCGGGGCUUUUCUUUGGUUUUUAAUCCUCUGGUCCCCCAAGUGUUUUUCCGUUCGAUCUCUUGCCGGGUUCGGCCAGUGGUCGGAUCCUGCCGACCCAUCUAUGUCCGAUUAAAAUUCUGCGUCGCUUUGAUUGCGAGAGAGACGGCCCAGAAUUGAUCCUGGCGAUUCCACGGGCUCUGGGUUGCGAUGGUGAGGUCUAGCACCUUAACUUUCCUUCUGGGGGGAGGUCAGUGGCAGUGCCGAAGACCCCCGAAAUUCAGCCCCUGGCGCUGCCAGCCAGUGCUCAGGCAUAUGGUCUCAGUGAUGGGCAGCUUCCCACUUUCCCCUUCAAAUCAGUUCAUGAGGACUGGAAUUUUCAUUUCCCCCGUUUUAAAGGAAAGGAAAGGGCUAGGGCUUGGGGCAGAGGUACCGCUUUUGGACGCAGAAGGUCCCAGAUUUUAAACCUUGACAGCUCAAGGUCAGCCUGGGUGAGAGGCGCACUGCCUGACAUAGCUGCUGCCAGUCUGUGUGGGGAAAGCUGAGCUGGGUGGAAUCUUAAUAUAGUGUAGUUUCCUUCCUUCCCGGGCGGAGGCAGUGGGGCUAAGUGGUGGCAGCACCUUCUGCCGUUUUGUGGCCGGUGGGUCCCAAUAAUAAUAAUAAUAAUAAUUUCUUAUUUAUACCCCACCCAUCUGGCUGGGUUUCCCCAGCCACUCUGGGAGGCUCCCAACAGAAUUAAAAGUGCAAUAAAACAUCAAACAUUAACAGCUUCCCUAAACAGGGCUACCUUCAGAUGUCUUCUAAAAGUCAGAUAGUUGUUUAUUUCCUUGACAUUUGAUGGGAGGGCCCACCACAGAGAAGGCCCUCUGCCUGGUUCCCUGUAACUUCGCUUCUCGCAGGGAGGGAACCGCUAGAAGGCCCUCAGGAGAUGGACCCCGGUGUCCGGGGUGGAGACGCUCCUUCAGGGAUACUGGACCAAGGCCGUUUAGGGCUUUCAAGGUCAGCACCAACACUUUGAAUUGUGCUCGGAAACGUACUUGUGUUCUGGAGGCUGACCCGGACCCUUUCAAACCCUCCCUCGUCACCCCACGUGACUGUUAUAUGUGGUCACGAUCCGGAGUUUGCCCUCUUGCCUGUGAAUCCCUCUGUUGCAAUACUGCCUCUCCCUCUUAGUUAUACCUUACUUAAGUAAAGUGCUCUUCUUUUUACUGUUGUGUUCCACUAGGUUUAAACAAAAAAACAACCAAAAA